AUGAAAAUCGAGUUUUCUGGCAUCAGCGUUGACCUGCUGUAUGCGCGGCUCUACUCCCCGGUGGUGCCCGCUGACCUGGACAUCGGCGCGACAGCCACGCUGCGCAACACGGACGAGCAGAGCGUGAGGGCGCUCAACGGCUGCAGGGUGACCGACCAGAUCCUGAAGGUGGUGACUCAGGCGGGCGCUGACGUGGCAAACUUUCGGACCACCCUGCGCGCCCUCAAGUUCUGGGCAGAGCGGCGCGGAGUGUGA